GACAUGGAUAGACAGUAGCAUAAACGAGGGAAGUUUGUCUACUUUUUCCAACCUCUUCCAGAGCGCAGCAGCUGCAGACGGUGCCGGUGAUGCCAUGAUGCUCCUCGGAGGCCUGUGCGUAACUCUCCUGCUCCCCGCUUUUGUCCUGGCUCAGUAUGAAAAAUACAGCUUUCGAAGUUUCCCUCAAAAGGAAAUUAUGCCUCUGGAUACCGCUUACAACUACGCGCUGGAGCAGUAUUCCGCACAGAACUGGGACGAGAGCGUCAAGUACUUGGAACUGAGUCUCCGGCUUCAUCGCCUGCUCCGGGACAGCGAGGCGUACUGUGGCCGUAACUGCAGCACCGUGAGCCGGGACAACGACACCCUUUACGCGGAUAGCACCCUCCGAGUCGUGCGCCACGUCCUGCUCCGGGCUGCCUGUCUGAAGAAGUGCAAGGCGAGCUUACCGGUGUUCGGCCACUCGUAUCCAAAGAGGGACACACUGGAAAGUUUUGAGAUGAGAAAACCGUAUCAGUAUAUACAGUACGCGUAUUACCAGUUGAACAAUUUGGAGAAAGCAGUGGCCGCAGCACACACCUUCCUGAAGAAAAACCCAAACGAUAAAUCUCUGACCAAAAAUAUGAAUUAUUACAAAACACUGUUCGAUGUGGAGGAAUAUCUGAUCGACCAUGAAGAGCAGCCCUAUGAGAGUGUAUUUGUCAAAAGUGUGACACAGUACAACAAUGGAGACUUCAGUAACAGUGCACGCAACAUGGAGCAGGCCGUAACCCAGUACUUUGAGCUGUACGACGUCUGUCUCGCCGGAUGUGAAGGAAACUAUGAGAUUUUAGAAUAUAAGGACUUUUAUGCAACACUGGCAGAUUUGUACACUGAUGUUUUAAAAUGUAAGGUGAAAUGCGAGGAUCAUCUCACUCCCACCGUUGGAGGAUUUGUUGUGGAGAAAUUUGUAGCCACAAUGUACCACUAUCUCCAAUUCUCAUAUUAUAAAUUAAAUGAUGUGAAGAGUGCAGCCCCCUGUGCAUCCAGUUACCUGCUGUUUGACCCACAUGACAAAGUGAUGCUGCAGAAUGUGGCUUAUUUCAAAUUCUACAAAGAGCAGUGGGGGCUCCAGGACCAGGACUUUGAGCCACGUCCAGAAGCUUUGAGUUACUUCAACCAAACGACCAAACAGAAGGAGAUGCUGGAGUUUGCACUGAAUUAUCUACAAACAGACGACGAGGGUGUGGUGAGUCCGGAGGAGACAGGCCUCUCCUCGUCUGAAAGCCCCGAUGCAGAGUUCGAGGGUCUGGGAGACUAUGAGGAGGCGUUUCUAGCCGACUGGUGGCAGGAGCCCAAAACCAAGUGGGACACUGGAGAAGUGGAUUAAUGUGUUUAAUCGUAGGCUUUUUAUAAAACUUUACAUCGAACCAAAGACUGUUACUUGCUGCAAACAAACAGACAGACAGUAGAAAUAGAAAUAGACAAAUCACUGCACUGUGUAGACUCCAAAAGGAAAUAGUGAUAUAUAUUAAAGGUGCACUAUUUAACUUUCCUGAUGGGGAUAUGCUGUCUACUUGUCUCCAUGGAGAUGUCAUUGCUUUACCUGGAAUGUUCCGCAGUAUGCCGUUAAAGGUAUCUAUCCUGCAGUUAUUCAUGUAUAGGUGUUUUGUUUGUCACCUGCCUGUUUCUAUGGAGAUAGAUAUGUAUAUGUGGACUUUCUAAGUGCAGCAUUAACAUCUCCAUGGAGACAAGCAGGUGCAGGACCCUCCAUAAGAAAAAUGACAUAGUGUACCAGUUUUUUAUUUCAUUAGGUUAAUUUAAAAUGUCUGCCAAAGAAAUAAGAAUAACUCUAUUUGCAGAUAAUUGCGCUGAAAUUAUACUGUGAAAAAUGUAUUGAGACUGUAGUGAGGAGAAAACUGAUCUCAACUAAAGAAGUAAAUCUAAAUCUAUCAAAUUACAAUUACAAUAAUUAAGAUAAAUAUAUCGAAUUUAAGUAUUUUUACCUCAAUAGCAGUAUUCCCUUUUGCAGUUACUAAGGCCUGGCAUGUCUCUGGUUGUGUGUGGCAGCCUUUAUGUCCUUUCCUGUUUUACCUUUGAAUGUGUUGGAGGUGUGAACUUUUGUUAUUUAAAACUGGAUGCCUCUUUUGUUUGUGUAUUUUAUAAGGAAACCUGGUGCGUUAAGAGAAA